GACUGCCUCUGAAUUACCAUCCAGAAAAAAGGAAACAAUCCUGUUGGUUUAAGUUGAACAUUUGUCUCUAAGAAUAAGAACAGAGCCAUGCCAGUGCUUUCAGAAGACUCAGGAUUGCAUGAAACUUUGGCUCUUUUGACAUCUCAGCUAAGACCUGAUUCGAAUCAUAAAGAAGAAAUGGGAUUCCUUAGGGAUGUCUUCAGUGAAAGGAGUCUCAGCUACCUGAUGAAGAUUCAUGAAAAACUCCGUCAUUAUGAAAGACAGAGUCCAACUCCUGUUUUACAUAGUGCAGCAGGAUUAGUUGAAGAUGUAAUAGAAGAGUUGCAGACAGCACCAGUGAAUAAUGAAGAAAAAGAGCUGCUUCAGCUGUUGUCAACACCACAUCUCAGGGCAAUGCUUGUAGUACAUGACACUGUAGCACAGAAGAACUUUGACCCAGCUCUUCCACCUCUACCUGAUAAUUUUGAUGAUGAUUUUGAUGAGGAAUCAGUGAAAAUUGUUCGGCUAGUGAAAAAUAAAGAACCCUUGGGAGCUACCAUCAGAAGAGAUGAACACACAGGAGCUGUGAUUGUAGCAAGGAUCAUGAGAGGUGGUGCAGCUGACCGCAGUGGUCUUGUCCAUGUUGGAGAUGAACUAAGAGAAGUCAAUGGUAUUACUGUGCUUCACAAACGACCAGAAGAAAUAAGUCAGAUUUUGGCUCAGUCUCGAGGGUCAAUAACAUUAAAGAUAAUUCCAGCCAUCAAAGAAGAAGAUCGUCUAAAAGACAGCAAGGUGUUUAUGAGGGCCCUUUUCUGCUAUAACCCCAAAGAAGACAGAGCCAUUCCUUGCCAGGAGGCUGGGCUGCCCUUUAAGAGGCGACACGUGCUGGAAGUUGUGAGCCAGGAUGAUCCCACGUGGUGGCAAGCCAAGCGUGUUGGGGAUACCAACCUCAGAGCAGGCUUGAUCCCCUCAAAACAGUUCCAAGAAAGACGACUGAUUUACAGGAGAACAACAGGCACUCUGCAGAAUACCAGAACUCUGAAGAAACCAUUAUAUGAUCAGUCUUCUGACAAAGAAGACUGUGACUGUGAAGGAUAUUUCAAUGGACAUUACAUAGCUGGUUUGCGCAGGAGUUUUAGGUUAAGUCGGAAAGAGAAGGAAAAUGUGAAUGAAGGCAAGCAGGCAGAGCAAGAUACAGCAGAAUUCCUGACUUAUGAAGAGGUCACAAAAUAUCAGCAACAGCCUGGUGAACAGCAGAGGCUGGUGGUUUUGAUUGGUUGUUUGGGAGCCAAGUUAAGUGAGCUCAAGCAAAAAGUUGUGUCAGAGAACCCCCAGGAGUAUGGUGUUGCAGUUCCACAUACAACAAGGUCAAGGAAAAGUCAUGAGAGGGAGGGAGUAGAAUACAAUUUUGUUUCUAAGCAAUCAUUUGAGACAGAUGUGCAGCAGAACAAAUUUGUGGAACAUGGAGAGUACAAAGAGAAUUUGUAUGGUACAAGUCUGGAGGCAAUCCGCUCUGUGAUGGCCAAAAAGAAGGUUUGUUUGGUGGAUGUGGUACCUGAAGCAGUAAAGCACUUGAGGACUCCCGAGUUUAAGCCUUAUGUUAUCUUUGUGAAGCCUCUCAUUUCAGAAAAGAAAAAACAUGUUUUAAAAUCUCACAUGUCAGAAGAAAUCUCAACCCCCCUUCAGGAUGAAGAACAGCAGGAAAUUAUUAAUUCAGCAGCAUUCAUUGAAGAGCAGUAUGGCCAUUUAAUUGACACUGUACUGGUGAAAGAAGAUCUCCAGAGUGCAUGCAAUGAGCUGAAAACUGUGUUAGAUAAACUAAACAAGGAUUCAUUUUGGGUGCCAGUCAGCUGGGUUAGGUCAUAGCUUGUUACCAUGUUUAAGGGAAAGACUGUAUAAAAAUGUUCUGUAAAUACAUGAAUUAGUAAAGGGAAAUAUGUUGAAUUUGCUCCAAAACUGCUGGUCUUACCUAGAAGGCAAUAAAUAAAUAGAUACUAUGAGGAAAGACCAGACAAAGUCACAAGCUGACACUGCCUUUCUGAGUGAAAAUUUUGAAUAGCAGCUGUCAUUUAGAAGUCAAUACUCAGACUAAAUAAGCCCAGUCUUUUAUUGAUCCUUAGACUGGAAAUAGUGCAUUUUGUGCUGAGUCACUGACAAGAUGGAAGGUUUGUCCUUUGGCCACAAUUCUAACCACAAAUUUUGUGGCUAGAUUUAAAACCUCAGAAUAAAGCUCCCAAGAACUGUUCUUUGGAGAUUGAUUACACCAUGCCAGUUAUUCAGAAGUUCAACUGGGUGCCCAGCAAAACCUGCUUCCCUUCACACAGAAGCAUUAAUUGCAAAUCUUCUUAGUUAGGCACUAAAACCUAGGCCAGCUAUAGAAGGGAGUUUUAAUGUCCAUCACAUUUCCCAGUAUUCCAAGUUGUGUUAUACAGGUCACAGGUAUUA